AUGGCGAAGCAGCCCUACAUCCCUCCCUUAAUUGGGUGGCUGUAUGACCUCGUCCUAUGGACAUUCUCGGUGCUCGCGGACCUUUUCUUCAGGGAGGUUCACCCGCGAGGCUCUUGGAAGGUUCCGCGGAAUGACCCUAUGAUCAUUGUCGCGGCCCCUCAUGCUAAUCAGUUCGUUGAUUCGUUGAUUCUCAUGCGCGUGAUGCGCAGCGAAGCUCAUCGCCGCAUUUCAUGGCUCAUCGCGGAGAAGUCAUUCCGGCGCAAGUUUAUCGGUUUACUGGCGAGGGGCAUAGGGACGGUCCCUGUUGCUCGAGCAAUGGACAAUAUGAAGGUCGGCGCCGGAACAAUCUAUCUACCUGAUCCUGUCAAUCAGCCCACCCUGGUGCGUGGCAUAGACACCAACUUUGAAGGACCCGGAUUCGAAAAGGAGGGCACAAUCGCUCUCCCAACCAUCAACCGAACCUCACACAGUGGUACAAUUGCGGAGAUUCGGGGACCGGAGGAAUUGAUAUUGAAGAAGCCUUUCAAAGCGAGAGAUCCUUUGUACCAACUUACUGGUCGGAAGGACAUUACGAACGACGGGCAAUUUACGGGGGAUUCAUCGGACAGGGAUCUGGCUGGUUUUAAGGGCGCCAAGUUCAAGGUCUCGCCUCAUGUCGAUCAAACGGCAGUCUACGAGGCAGUCUUCGCUCGGCUUAAUGCUGGUGGCUGCGUUGGUAUCUUCCCCGAAGGUGGUAGCCAUGAUCGGACUGAACUGCUUCCCUUGAAAGCUGGUGUUGCUCUGAUGGCCCUUGGAACGCUGGCGGAUAACCCGGAUUGUGGCUUGAAGAUUGUACCCUGUGGAAUGAAUUACUUCCACGCCCACAAGUUUCGCUCCCGUGCUGUCAUUGAGUUCGGAACUCCAUUCGAGGUGCCGAGAGAGCUGGUCGAACAGUAUAAGCGCGGCGAAAGAAGGGAGGCAGUCGGAGCCCUGUUGGACACUAUAUAUCAAAGCCUGGUUGCAGUGACGGUCACCGGAACGGAUUACGAGACUCUUAUGGUUAUCCAGGCUGCUCGCCGCCUUUACAACACCAAGGGCAAGAAGCUUCCAUUGCCCAUGGUCGUUGAGCUGAACCGGCGUUUGGUUAAAGGGUAUACUCAUUUCAAAGAUGACCCUCGCAUCGUGCAUCUCAGGAAGUCCGUUGCGGAUUACAAUCGCCAGCUGCGUCUUCUGGGUAUCCGCGACCACCAAGUCGAUUAUGCCAAGUUCAGGUUCUUCCAAGUGAUCUUUACGUUGAUUUCUCGCUUGGUCAAAUUGGCCCUACUUGCCAUUGCAACGCUCCCCGGUCUGCUUCUGUUUGCACCCGUUUUCAUCGCCACGAAAUUGAUUUCUAUCAAGAAGUCCAAGGAGGCCCUAGCUGCCUCCACGGUCAAACUGCAGGGGCGGGAUGUCAUGGCGACCUGGAAACUUCUGGUUGCUCUCGCUUUUGCACCCGCGCUCUAUGCGUUCUACACGGCGGCUUUCACCUUCUGGGCGUACCACAACCGGAUCCAAGGGAUUGUACCAGACCGGAUGCCACUGUGGCUGAUCGUACCCGUCGGCAUGAUCCUAUUUCCGACCAUCACCUUUGCGGCUCUUCGGAUUGGCGAGGUUGGCAUGGAUAUUUUGAAAUCUCUGCGUCCACUGGUCUUAUCUUUGAAUCCAUCCUCCGCCAACACCCUCGUCAAACUUCGACAGCGACGCGCUGAGCUGGCUCAGCAAGUCACCGAUGCCAUCAAUACUCUGGGGCCCGAACUAUUCCCAGACUUUGACGCGGCGAGGAUCGUGACGGAUCCUUUCCGCGAGUUGAAUCGUAGGCCGGAUGAGGAGCCGCUUCCGAUUCCUGAGAUUCGACGGACGAGUACUACGGAUUUCGGCGAGGGCUCGCCAACUCAAGAGCCCCUUCCUCGCAACGAGUCGUUCCAUAACCUGGCCAACAUUGGCUUUUUUUCGACGCGACCUCCAAGCCGCAGUCGCAGCCGUAGUAGCUCCUUCGGCGGUCGACCGGGCUCCUCCGGACAGCAACUGAAGCCUCUCAGCCAAGUCACCACCAACGACGGUUUGGAACAGGUAAGCAGCAAGAUCCGGGAUGCCAUGCGAGAACGGGGCGAGCGGCGGCGGCGGCAGAGCGAAGACAGUAGUAGCUGGGAUAUGGCGGGCUCGGGGCCGGGGACUCCUUCCGGGGAUGAGAACCGGAAGAAUAUAUAA